CGUGGGAUCAUGACCUGAGCCAAAGGCAGACGUCUAAGGGACUGAGCCGCCCAGGCACCCCCAAUCAGCUGUUUAAACAGGCCACCUGAGCUCAGGAGCCAGCUCAGAUUACCACCAUGAGUUCCCCGGCCAGCCACAGAACCCCCUGCUGGAACAGGAGGACGCAAAGAGACAGGGAUAUACAGAACAAAGCACGGGGUGGCUUAUGAGAGAGGACAAAAUUCUCAUUCUGGAAGCCCAGCAGUAAAAGCUCAUUCAACAUUUCCAUGAUGCCACCCAUUAUGGAAGAGACGUCCAAUGGGACUUGGUGCAAAAGGUCUUUUCAGGAUAGGGACUUAGACAAUAAAACAAGUUACCCUCGCCUGUGACUUAAUGCACCCAAAACAAACUACAGACCCAUCCAAUCAGUCCCCACUUCUUAUACCAGUCCAACAGCAGGGGCCAUAUCCCAGGGAAGAUGGGCAAGUAGUCUACCCUGCUGCACCACGAGCAGGCUACAAAUACCACCUCGUGUUUGUCGAUACUUUUACUAAAUGGGUACAAGCCUUCCCCACCGGUCUGGGAAGGCAACCGAGGUCUGUAUAUCCCCUCUUAAAAGAGAAUUCCCCGGUUCGGGGUCUCUAAGUCUCUCCAAAGUGAGAGACUCCUUUUACAGCUAAAAUCACCCAGAGCCUUUCAGCGGCCCUGGGAAUAAAUUAUAAAUUGCAUGCUCCCUGGCACCCCCAUUCCUCAGGGAAGAUUGAAAAGAUGACUUAUACCCUAAAAAAGACUUUAGCAAAACUUUGUCAAGAAGUUCAUGAGCCUUGGGUCCAGUUGCUUCCUAUUACACUACUCAGGAUUGCCACUGCCCCCAAGACUAACCUAAGAUGCAGCCCAUUUGAAAUGACAUGGGAGGCGCCUCCUCACCCCCGGUAUUUUACUAGAUGGGAAAAUAAGCCAGAGCUUGCAUCGUUUUAUUUGGGACAGGUGCAAAAAGCUGUUGUGGAUUAUGUUAAUCACAUGCUACCAGCACCCCCUAGAGGUAAUUUAGAAGAGACUCCCCCGCCCCCGCCCCACCACCUCUGCAAAUUAAUCCAGGGGAUCAGGUCCUCCUUAAAACCUCCUUGGAAGGAGGGCUCCCUGGAAGAUCAGUUGCUACCCAAGUGGAAAGGCCCCUAUUGAGUGAUUUUAGCCACCCCAACAGCAGUUAAGCUCCAGGGAAUCCCUAGCCGGGUACAUCUUUUCAGGCUAAAACCUUUUUCUCCUGGACAUCCUCAGAAAUACCUGGAAGGCCCAGAACCAUCUUACUCAUGUGAGCCUGUGGAAGACCUCAAAUACUUGUUCAAGAAGCAACCCUCAGAGUCAGAUAAGUGAUUAUACCUUGGUGGUUUGGCUUGCUGACUUUGCUUUUUGUUGCGUUUGUUUUACUUUUUCUUCUCUGUGAGUACUGUUUCGGGUCACCUCCACUCCCUGGGAAAGACCCGUUCUGCCCCUGCGGGGUCUAGAAGGUCAAAACCAAUGAUGGGACUGAUGAAGUGGAUCCUUCUCUUGGCCCUUCUCCUGGGGAUGAGUUGGGAAGAAAAUAACAAAGGGGGGGGAACCUGGAGAGAAAACUCAAUUGUCAACUUUUCUAGCAUUGUGGCCUCGGGAAAUAAUCUCUCUAAUUGUUGGAUUUGUCAUCCUCACCCACAAGAUGGGGUUCCUAAGCUCCAGUUUGUACCUAUAAAUGAGAAUAUUACUCUCACCUUGACUUCUGGUCCUGUUAGAAGCACAGCCCUUCUAGUAGUAGAACUUGAUGAUCGUGAUGAUAUGAGGUGUGUCAGACUUACAGACUUUUGGAACCAAACUGGUCUCCAAGUUAAGCGGCCUCUUCUCUGUCAAGAACAAGGACAGCCCUGUUGCCCCUGCCGGACAGAUACCUGCCUUACCAACAUGGGAAGCUCGCCCUCCAUUUAUCCUAUGUCAUUUUCCUCUUCAAGCUCUUCAUGUAGCCCCAACCAGACCCACUGGUGUGUGGACUCGUCUCUACUCUCCCCAGACGACCAACCUAACUUAUCCUGUACAUACUGGAAAGGAACAGCAACCCCUUCCUGGAGACUGACCUAUCAGACCCCAUCUGCCUUCGAUAGCCAGGAGGGAAUAGAAGAGGAUUCAGAGCUUGGUGGGGGGCCACUGGACGGAGGGCCCCUGUCCCCCAGAUGCAAGAGUACACCUAACUGGGGUCCCCUUUUACGAAGUUGGUUUAAUUCCUCUUCACCCCGCCAAGCUUGUACCCCACCUGGGUAUCUCUUUCUCUGCGGUCCACCACAAAAUAAACUACCCUACGAAGGGAGCCCUAAUUCCUCCUUCUCCUGGCCUCUUCGGGCGGUGGCCUAUUCAUGUGUAGAUAAUGUUCACUUCCGGGGAGAAUGCACUCUGGGACGAUUGGGUCCUAAAGGAUUAGGUGCCACGAUAUAUAACGUCACCGCUCAAACCAGACGAAAGAGAGCACUCGGGCUCAUCUUGGCAACAACUGGAGAAGCCGUAGGACUGGCUGCCCCCUGGGGGGGCUUUGCUUAUCAUGAAACAACCUUAAAAAACCUUACCCAGGUCAUAGAAAACCUGGCUACAAACACUGGUGACAGCUUGGAGGGCCUCCAGGAGUGCCCGGAUUCCUUGGCUAAUGUCGUACUUGACAAUCGCUUAGCUCUAGAUUAUCUUCUGGCCAAACAAGGGGGUGUCUGUGCAGUGGUCAACAACACUUGCUGUACAUACAUCAACAACUCUGGGGAAGUGGAGCUAAAUAUUCAGGAGCCUUACAGACGAACCAGAUGGUCGCGUGGGUUCAAUAAUCACAAUGCCCAAACUCUGGGACUCAAGUAGAGGCUCUGUGCCUAGCGCUGUGUGAUUCCUCCCUUCCUGGGCCCUCUUGUGGCCAUCAUUCCUUUGUUGAUAUUCAGACCCUGCCUCUUUAAUCUUUUGGUUAAGUUUGUGUCAAACUGCUGGUGGCACAAGGGUCCCACCUACCGGGUCCCAAGAGGAACAAGGUCCCUAUAGGGCGUUAGAGCAGUCCGCGAGAGAUUUUACUCCUCCAGGGUAGGACAGGGACAACGCCCCGCUCAGCAGGAAGCAGUUUCAGAAGAUGAGACCCUCGGCCCCUCCUCCUUAGGAGUAAGGAGGGUAAAAUCUCUCAGGGGGGCUGAGCUAGAACAGAGGCUGUGUCUGGGACCCCCCCCCCCCCCCCGGCUCCAGCCCACAAAGCUCCGUUGCUCUGUGCCCAUCGCCUUAGAAGAGGCUGAACCACACGUUUUUGAGCAGUAUAUCGCAGUCGAUCUCGGGGAUGCGGAAGCGGGAUGUUUGCCGGAAGGAACUCUGCAGGAGAAACCGGACUAAACCAGCCUGUGCCGCGGGGGACCCCAGCGCUGACCCUUCACCCACUCUCCUCGCCACAAUCCUGACGGCGGCGGCCGGGGGCGGAGACUUGACAUGCUAAUGAGUCACGUGCUGCCUGCGGACGCGUGUUGUCCACUGCGCCUGCGCGCAGCGUCCCGUGUCGCCGCCCCCUCCCCUCCCGCCCCGUCCCAGCUAGGAGGUCCCUGCUUUCCCGCCUCAGCCCCUUCAAACUUUCCGGGCCUUUGUUCCCGGCGCUCCCUGCCUGGUACCGGAGCAUAAGCCCCCAAUAAACACGGCCUCAAUCUUU